AUGGCGAUUUCCAAGCUCCACCUACUCUUUCUCCUCUCAGUCACUCUCUCCCUUUAUCGUCCUGUUCUUUCCGACAUCGAUGAGGAAGACAAUCUUCUUGCAGGCAUCAACAGCUACAGAACAUCCUUAAACCUAACGACACUUACAAAAAUCGAAAACGCAGAAUGUCUCGCUGAAGAAAUCGCAGACCAAUUCAAGAACCAACCCUGCACAAACACCACUGGCUCAGCUUCAGUCCCUGGAACCGAACCUGGAUUCCCAAACUACCCUAACCUCCUCAAGAAAUGCCAUCUCAACAUAACUGCGACAAGAGACGGUGUGAUAAUGCCAGCUUGUGUUCCUAGCCUUGAUGCACUCCUUGUCUUGAACAAUUUCACAAAGUCACAGUACUCCAAGAACCUUAAUGAUUCUAAGUUCACUGGCAUUGGUAUUGGUUCUGAUAAUAAUUGGAUUGUUGUUGUCCUCACUACAAGCACUCCCGAAGGUGGCUUCUCUCCUGCUACCAACUCAGAAGAAGGUCUCACAUUCGGCCGUCUCCUUUUCUUGUUUCUUGUCUCUUUUUUCUACAUGUUUUUUUGA